CCUUCUUGCCCUCCCUUAGCGAGUUAGUACCCAAUCUAUUGCUGGUGAAAAAUGGGACAUUCGCUUCUCAUUUGUGCCCAACCCCGUUGUUCUUGCCUUCUUUUCGCGGCCUUUCUGAUAUUGUGCUUCGGUGCGGUCGUUUCUGCUACCAACGAUACAGACAGGCCUGCAUUGCUUGCAUUCAAGGCCGAAAUUGCUGGUGAUCCCUUGGGGCUGCUUCACUCGUGGAACGACACCACAGACUUCUGCCGAUGGUGUGGGGUCACGUUCAGUGGUCGACACCACAGAGUCACUGUACUGGACCUCAAUUCCCAAGGACUCUUGGGACCCAUCUCCCCUCACAUUGGGAACCUCAGCUUCUUGAGAAGUCUCUGGCUCCAAAACAAUAGCUUCGGCCCUGAAAUCCCUGCACAAAUUGGUCAGCGGCGUCGGCUCCAAUUCUUGGAUAUCUCCAAUAAUUCACUGACGGGCGAGAUUCCCAGGAAUAUAUCGGGUUGCUCGAACCUUGUAUAUUUUAUGCUCAGGUUCAACCAGUUGGUUGGAGGAAUUCCAGUGGAGCUAGGCUCCCUGUCUAAUCUUCAAACGGUCAGCUUGUCUGAGAACCACUUAUUAACUGGCGGCAUCCCUUCAUCCAUAAGCAACUUAUCAUCUCUGUUGACGAUGUUUUCUUCUGUAAAUGCUUUGAGUGGGAUUAUUCCCCAAUCUCUAGGUCGACUGACCAAACUGGAAAGACUCAGCCUAGGUGACAACAGGCUUUCAGGUACCAUUCCGCCUUCCUUCUUCAACUUGUCUUCGCUGUCUAUACUCCACGUAAUAAUGACCCAGAUCCACGGCAAUCUUCCUGAAGAUAUAGGAUUCACUCUCCCGAACCUUCAAGAUUUGAGCAUUUAUGAUAACCAUUUCACUGGAUCCAUUCCUUCGUCGAUUUCUAAUGCCACAAAUCUAAGAUCUCUCCAACUUGGAGCCAAUGAGCUCUCCGGCAAAGUGCCUUUGUUGGCGAAUCUCCGUAGACUUGGGCGGGUCGCGUUAGAGACUAAUCAUUUAGGUAGCGGAGGGUCCGAUGCAGAUGGGCUGAGCUUCCUUUGCUCACUAACAAAUGCCGCUAACUUGACACUAUUGGCGACGCAAAAAAAUAGAUUUGGAGCGACGCUUCCUGUAUGCAUCGGUAAUUUCUCCGCUACUUUUACAACCUUGACAGCGGACGGGAAUCUGAUAUCGGGUGAGAUCCCGAGAGAAAUUGGUAAUCUUGUGAACUUGCAGACAUUGCGAAUGGAAGACAACUUUCUUUCAGGUCCAAUCCCAUCCGAUUUAGGAAACCUUCAGAAUCUUGCAGAAUUGAUCUUGUCAGGCAACAAUCUAUCUGGCAUAAUCCCAUCCUCUUUGCAAAAUCUGCAUAGGUUGCUUAUCUUAAAUGUUUCCAGAAAUAACUUCGAAGGGCCGAUUCCUUUAUGGUUAGAUAAGUGUCAGAGCUUGACAAGCCUAGAUCUUUCUAGUAACAAUUUCAGCGGUCCGGUUAUAUUGCCUAUGGCUGGGAGCCUCCUCUAG